AUGUCCCAAGUUGUAUACAUCACAGAGUCCGAAGCCAGUACAAGUAUAGACAUCUCCCAAACGCAACCAGAUUGGAUCCACCCCCAAUUAAUCCAAAGCAUCGACCCGACCAAAGGCCGCCAAUUCCGCGCGUCAGGCCUCAUCCCCAAAGGCGCCUGUCUCCUCGUGGACCGCCCCUACGCAGUCAUACCAGUCGUGGACGAACCAGCAACGAACGACAACAUCAUCUGCAGCAAUCCCUCCUGUAAUCGCCGGGCUCCUCGCCACUCAGGCUCAGCCCGGAACCCAUGUCCGAAUGUCUGUAUCGCGGAUGUGAUAUGGUGCAGCGAUGCCUGUCGAGACGCCGAUAAAGAUCGACAUGCUUUUGAAUGCACCUGGCUCAAGAGAUAUGCUGGACCGAUUCGCGCUAAAUGGGGUGAAUACGAUUUCGGCAUGUUGUGGGUGAUUGUUCGUCUGCUUGCUAUGCGACAGAGUCAAUUGCAGCAUGUUGAUAAUGGUAGUUCUACUUCUCCCAGCCCGAAGAAGUGGAAAUGUGGUUGGGAGGGUAUUGACUCGUUGUGCGGAUCUGCUGAUACCUGGUCUCAUGAUAAAGUCCGCGCUUGGACGACUCUCGUGAAGAAGUAUCUCCAAAAUGGCCCUGUACUACCGCAUGAUAUGACUUCGGACCGGGUCCUCCAUCUCAUCUGUCAGGAAGAGGCCAAUUCUUUUGGCCUUUACCCUCGAGCAACGGGUGUCGUUCCUUUGCCAUACCCUCCAAUCGAUAGAGGAGAGCAGUUCGCCGCUGCGGUUUAUCCUAUUGCGGCAAUUGCUAAUCAUUCGUGUCUGCCAAAUAUCGCCCACAAACCUGAUGAGCAGGGACGUAUGGUCUUUACUUCGUCUCGUGAUAUCUUUCCCGGAGAGGAAUGCUGCAUCUCGUACUUCGAUCUGACCCAAUAUACGACUUUGGCCUCCCGUCGGGAACAUCUUCGGCAAUCAUUCAAGUUUGUUUGUCAGUGUGAACGAUGUGUUUCUGAAGAGCCCGCAGAUGAACCUACAGAAUGGAGUGCCAUGCCGAUGAUGGAAUUGUGA